UCAUAAAUUUCGAAAGAAUCGUUUACUCGUUUUCAAACACAGAGAAAUGUAACUUCGUUCGCCCACGUUUACUCAACAUUUAUUUCGAAAAUAAUUUACGUCGGUAUUGUUUUUAAUCGGUAAUCGUAGGGCUGUCGCGACAGGAAAACAUCUCCCGUGCCUUAAAGUGCCGUCCAAAUUCGACCUGGUGACAAUAAGCUAACGCUUUCAUUUCACCUUGUUCUUUUCUUCUUUCUUUUUGUGGAAAAGGCCGUCCACGCUGCUCUCGUAACUCGUACAGAUGACUAUCUCGACUGGUCAGAGCCUUACCGAAACUGUGAUCUUUUUAACCGAUCGAACUCACCGUUCGCAGAGUUUCGAUCGAAAAAUUUCGUUUCACCUUUCGAGCUUACUUUUACGAAUUGGCUUCGUGCCCGUUGUGCGCGAACCAGUUGCCUUAAUUCGAGUUUAAGGGUCAUUGAAACUUUAUCCCUAUCCCGACAUUCUCCUCCCCUAUUCUCCCUCGGAUUUUUAACGAAAUUUCGACGAAAACCUCGUCCGUCCUCUUCUGUGCCUUUCGAACUUCACAAAACUUCUCUCUCUCUCUCUCUCUCUUUCUCCGUUCUCUUUAUUGCGAAAUUGAAACUAGUGUCAAACACGCGCUCUUACACAUACACACCGAUACAAUCGUCGCAAAGAAGGAGCAAAACGGUGAGAAAGAAAAUUUCUGAAGUUUUUUGAACUGCUUUGUGCCGUUUCGUACGAAAAUCCAGCGACAAACAGAAGAAACUCUGUAAUCCAAAUGGAAAUCGAGACAAACGAGUGCAACAUGAGUUUCGACCGUCGUGUGAUUCCGGUGGUUUUCGUGCACACAGAUCAUCCCAGGCAGCCGCAAUGGCCACCCUAUCCUUGCGUAUCUCCAUCCCGGAGAAAAACGCCACGAAGAUGAUGCAAUUCGACCCGAGCACAUCCAUUUACGACGCUUGCCGUAUUAUCAGAGAGAAACUCGCUGAAGCGGGUAACAUGGGCCAACCCAAGGACUACGGAUUAUUCCUUGCCGACGAGGAUGUGAAGAAGGGGGUUUGGCUAGAGCCGGGCCGGAAUCUCGAUUAUUACAUUCUGAGGAACGGCGAUCUUCUCGAGUACCGGCGUAAACUGCGGACCCUUCGAGUGCGCAUGUUGGAUGGAACGCUGAAGACGUUGUUGGUGGAUGACAGUCAGCCCGUCGCCAAUCUCAUGGUAGUAAUUUGUACGAAGAUAGGCAUCACGAACCACGAUGAGUACUCGUUGGUGCGCGAGUUGGCCGACGAGGAGACUGAGAACCAGAAGCCGGGCAAUUUCGGCACCCUCACGCUCAAGAGGAGAAAAGAGGAGAAAGGCGAGCGGGACGCGAAGAUGGAUCAGUUAAGGAAGAAGCUUAAAACCGACGACGAAGUAAACUGGAUAGAUCCCAGUAAGACUUUACGAGAGCAAGGGAUAGACGAGUCGGAAACGGUGCUGCUGCGGAGAAAGUUUUUCUUCUCAGAUCAAAAUAUCGACAGUCGAGAUCCGGUGCAAUUAUCUCUUUUGUACGUUCAAGCAAGAGACGCAAUUCUAGAUGGCACGCAUCCGGUUACUCAGGAAAAAGCUUGUAUUUUCGCUGGAAUACAAUGCCAGAUCCAGUUCGGUGAUCACAAGGAGGACAAGCACAAGCCAGGCUUUCUCGACCUCAAGGAAUUUUUACCGCAGUCCUACUUGAAGGUGAAGGGUAUCGAGAAGAAAAUUUUUGCAGAGCACAAGAAGCACAUCGGUCUCUCAGAACUGGACGCCAAAGUGUUGUAUACGAAAACGGCAAGAUCUUUGAGUACUUAUGGCGUCACGUUCUUCUUAGUGAAGGAGAAAAUGAAAGGAAAGAACAAGUUGGUGCCUCGUUUGCUCGGCGUCACCAAAGACUCCGUCUUGCGACUCGAUGAAAAAACGAAAGAAAUCUUAAAAACCUGGCCGUUGACUACCGUCCGACGUUGGGGAGCCUCUCCGAACACGUUUACGCUCGACUUUGGCGAUUAUUCUGACCAAUAUUACAGCGUACAGACUACAGAAGCGGAACAGAUACUUCAGCUAAUCUCUGGCUAUAUCGAUAUCAUUCUUAAAAAGCAAAAAGCUAAAGAUCACUUUGGUAUCGAAGGAGACGAAGGCUCAACGAUGGUUGAAGAUAGUGUAUCGCCAUUGAAAGCAACGAUCAUGCAACACGAAACGAGCAACGUCGGCAAAGGAAACGUGGAAGCUGUGUCAGUUGCCAUACCUGCGGUUAUGAGAACCGGUGCAGACGGGGCUCGACCAUAUGGGACCGGGCACAUGGGCGGUGCUCAAUACACGACUGUCAGCGGCCAGGUGAACAUCGCUCACGCUCCACCGAUGGUGCAACAAACCAAGGUCACAUCCGUCCUGUCCGAACCACAACGUGCCUUACUGUCGACUAUCACCGCUGGUCACGAGGUGAUCCACAUCGCGGAGACGGAGCUGUCCUGCAAGGCUCAGCUUCCAGAACUGGGCAACGACCCGACCUCGUUGAAAUGGAUCGAACAGACGAUCGAUACGCACAAACAGAACGUUGGCUCUCAGAUCGCGGCGAUGAACGCCGCGACAGCUCAGGUGGUCACCUUGACUUCCGGUCCAGCCGACGACGUGGAUCACACAGCGGUAGGUGCAGCUAUCACAACGAUCGCAACCAAUCUGCCGGAGAUGACGAAAGGCGUCAGAAUGAUCGCCGCCCUGAUGGAUGACGACUCUUCGGGAGACAAACUGCUGGAUGCAGCAAGGAAGCUGUGCUCCGCCUUCUCCGACUUGCUCAAAGCCACCGAACCUGAAACUAAAGAGCCUUCCUACGUAGCGCUUUCUUCCUCCGAACGAUACCCGAGACAGAACUUGCUGAACGCCGCAUCCCGUGUUGGCGAGGCAUCUCACCAGGUGUUGACAACGAUUGGAGAGGAAAAUGACUCGAAUCGAGAGCUCCAGGACAUGCUAUUGGCAUUGGCUAAGGCCGUAGCCAAUUCAACCGCCGCUCUGGUGCUCAAAGCAAAGAAUAUCGCAGCCACUUGUGAGGAUUCAGCGACUCAAAAUCGUGUAAUCUCAGCCGCCACCCAGUGUGCAUUGGCCACAUCGCAAUUAGUUGCCUGUGCAAAGGUCGUAGCUCCAACUUUGCACUCUCCAGCUUGUCAGACGCAGCUGAUGAACGCAGUUCGUGAAGUGACAAAGGCAGUCGAAGGUCUCUUGGAAGUCUGCAAUGAAACCUGCAGCGACGAGACUCUUCUGAAGGAGCUAAAUGCUGCUGCCACUGAAGUUAAAACGCGAGCCAGGGAGGCAUGCGGCGGUCUGGAAUUAGAUGCAGCAGAAGAAUUGAUAAACAGUUUGAAAGACGAGUUAAGAGAGUUCUACAAUGCCGUGGAAGCUGCUUCUCUAAGACCUUUACCCGACGAGACACCAGAGUCCACUGCUCUCCGACUAGGUGCUACCUCGAAGAACGUCGGAUUCGCUAUGGCUCAGCUUCUAUCCGCUGCUAAGCAAGGAAACGAGAAUUACACUGGAAGCGCAGCUCGAAAAACAGCUUCCGCCCUCAAAGAUUUAACUUAUGCUGUUCGCGGAGUGGCUGCUACUUCGCAUCAACCUGAUACGCAAAAGAAAAUCUUGAUGACUGCCGAUGAUGUUAUUCUAAAGUCGUUGAGACUGGUUAAAGAAGCUCGAAGAGCUCUGAAGAACGCUGACAGUGUAGAGAACGAAGCUAAUCUGGCUGCAGUUGCCAAGGAUGUGUCGAACGCACUGAAUAAAUGUGUGUCUUGUUUACCUGGACAAAGAGACGUAGACGAUGCAAUUAAAAAUAUCGAAGACAUGACUCAGGUCCUUAGCAUGAACGAGUUCCCACAAACCAAUAAGAGUUAUGGACAAUUGCAAAGCGAUCUAAACAACGCAGCUGCGAAUUUGAACGAUGCUUCUUCAAACGUGGUGUCAUCAGUACGUUCUCCGGUGCAGUUAGCUAAUUCUUCCAAACAAUUCACCAACGCUUUUGGAGACCUGUUGGGCGUCGGCAUGGAAAUGGCUGGUCAAACAGCUAUCGAGACUCGAAGUCAGAUGGUGGUUUCUUUGAAGAACGUCAGCAUGACAUCCAGCAAGCUUCUGGGUACUGCUAAAUCCGUAGCAGCCGAUCCGGGUGCUCCAAACGCGAAGAAUCAACUAUCGGCAGCUGCACGAGCCGUCACAGAUUCCAUCAACUAUCUCGUCGAUGUCUGUACCUCGGCUGCGCCUGGACAAAACGAGUGUGACAACGCUAUCAGAAAUAUCCAAUCGAUGAGAUCGCUUCUCGAUAAUCCUAGCCAACCAAUUUCUGACGCGAGCUACUUCGAAUGUCUAGAAACCGUGAUGGAAAAGAGCAAGAGCCUUGGCGACGGAAUGACGGGCAUAGCUAACCACGCAAAGAAAUCAGAACACGAACAAUUCUCGGUAGCAGUUAGAGGGGUCUCUUUGUCAAUUUGCGGAUUGAUAGAAGCAGCAGCUCAGGCUGCUUAUCUAGCUGGCGUAAGCGAUCCAACAUCGGUGGCUGGAAAACCAGGCUUGCUGGACCAAGCUCAGUUCCUCAGAGCUGCACAGGCCAUUCAUACCGGCUGUCAAAGUCUUGGAAAUCCUACAAGUACCGAACAACAAGUCCUUUCAGCUGCUACCAUGAUAGCAAAGUAUACGAGUGCUCUCUGCAAUGCUUGUCGCGAAGCAUCGAACAAGACCAGCAAUCCUGUUGCUAAACGUCACUUCGUUCAGUCAGCCAAGGAUGUUGCCAAUUCCACAUCAGUCCUGGUGAAAGAAAUCAAGGCGCUGGAUCAGAAUUAUUCCGAGGCCAACAAGGCGAAGUGUGCGGAGGCUACCAGGCCACUUUUGGAAGCGGUUGACAACCUGUGUACGUUUGCUGGAUCUCCAGAAUUCGCUAGUCAGCCUGCAAAGAUAUCCGUCACAGCUAGAGCUGCCCAAGAGCCAAUAACUAGUGCCGGUAAAGCUAUUAUCGAUGGUUCUUGCGCGAUGGUGCGAGCCGCCAAGAGUCUCGCUGUCAGUCCAAAAGAUCCUCCAACUUGGCAAUUAUUGGCAAACCACAGCAAGAGCGUGAGCGAUUCGAUCAAGUCUCUAGUCGCUUCCAUACGCGACAAAGCACCUGGGCAGAAGGAAUGCGACGUUGCGAUCGAGAAACUAUCAGCUAGAAUUCGAGAACUGAAUGCCGCGUCUUUCAGUGCUGUUUCACAGGCACUGGUUUCACGAAGAGAGAAUACGAUGCAAGGAUUCACGGAUCAGAUGGAGACCAGUGCUAGCGAGUUACGAGAAAAAUUGGAACCUCUUCGAACAGCUGCCAAAUACGAGGCUGAAAACGUAGGACAUGCCGUCAAUCAGAUUGCUUUGUACUGCGAGCCUCUAGUUUCUGGUGCUAUCGGUGCUGCUUCAAACAUGGUGCACUCGAAACAACAGAUAGUGCUACUGGAUCAGACGAAAACCGUCACCGAGUCUGCUCUACAGCUUGUCUGCGUGACAAAAGAAUCUGGUGGUAAUCCGAAGGCAGUUAAUCUGCACACUGAAGUUGACGAGACAGUGGAAUCCAUGAAAGAUGCGCUGCAGGAAUUACAAAACACUUUGGAGACAAUUUCGACAUCUUAUGGAAUCGUUACUGGGCUAAUCGACGCUAUUUCUCGAGCCAUGGUUAGAUUGGAAGAUCACAGAAUGUCUACGAUCGAUACAGUGGAUUCUUACGUGGAUUAUCAAACGAGAAUGGUGGAAGCUGCUAAGGAGAUCGCUCGGCUGGCGCAGGAAAUGUCAACAAAAUCUAGCACCGACGUAGCCAGACUAAGUCCCCUUAUAGUGGAUAUCUCCCACAAGUACACUCAGCUAGCCCGCGAUACGUCCGGCGCUUCAGCGGCCGCAUCCAACGCUGACGUGUCUGCGAGACUUCGCGCAAGCGUCCAAGAGCUUGGCAAAGCCUGCGUAGACAUCGUUAGAGCUGCAGGAACCUGCCAAAUGUCACCAGGCGACGCUUACACUCAAAGAGAAGUCGCAGAGCACAGCAAGAUAGUCACGGAAAAGGUAUCUCAGGUGUUAGCUGCGCUUCAGGCUGGUUCCAGGGGAACUCAAGCUUGUAUCAACGCUGCAAGUACCGUGUCAGGCAUUAUCGGUGACCUGGACACCACGAUCAUGUUCGCCACUGCUGGAACCUUGCACGCAGAAAACGAAGGCGACACUUUUGCCGAUCAUCGAGAGAACAUCUUGAAGACAGCCAAGGCUCUCGUUGAAGAUACGAAAACGCUAGUAGCUGGAGCAGCCUCGUCUCAAGAGCAACUGGCGGUUGCAGCGCAAAAUGCCGUGUCGACUAUCGUUCAACUUGCCGAGGUGGUUAAAUACGGGGCUGCCAGCUUGGGCAGUCAGAAUCCCGAGGCUCAAGUAAUGCUAAUAAACGCGGUAAAAGAUGUGGCUUCUGCACUCGGCGACUUGAUACACGCCACUAAAGCAGCCAGUGGCAAACCUAUCAACGACCCCAGCAUGGCCCAUUUAAAGGACUCUGCCAAGGUGAUGGUAACCAACGUGACGUCCCUGCUGAAGACAGUGAAAGCUGUCGAAGAUGAGCACACUCGUGGCACCAGGGCUCUGGAAUCAACCAUCGAGGCGAUAGCUCAAGAAAUACGCGCCUUGAACACUCCAGAGACGCAAAAGAUCAACGUGACACCCGAAGAUCUGGUUCGAUGCACUAAGAGUAUCACCAUUUCAACCGCCAAAGCUGUAGCUGCCGGGAAUAGUUGUAAACAGGAUGACAUAAUUGCGGCUGCAAACAUGGGACGAAAGGCUAUCAGCGACAUGCUGACCAUUUGUAAAGGAGCAGCGUAUAAUUGCGCAGAAACAGCUGAAUUGAGAGAAAGAACUCUUCAGGCUGGUCACGACGUCGCUCUUAAUUAUAGGGAAUUGUUGCAAGCUAUAUUACAAAUAUCUUCAAGAUCUGGUGAUGCGAAACACACUUUGCCACCCAUUAGUAGAAAGAUCGCUCAGAGCGUUACCGAAUUGGUGGCUGUGGCUGAAUUGCUGAAGGGCACCGACUGGGUGGACCCUGAUGAUCCGACGGUCAUUGCAGAAAAUGAGUUACUAGGUGCUGCAGCCAGUAUCGACGCUGCCGCGAAGAAGCUUGCCAGCUUGAGACCUCGGAGAAGUAUACAGGAGGCAAACGAAGAUAUGAACUUCGACGAAAUGAUCCUAGAAGCAGCCAAAUCGAUCGCAGCCGCUACAUCGGCUCUUAUAAAAGCAGCCAGUGCAGCUCAAAGAGAGCUUAUCGCAACAGGAAAGGUUUCUCGAACUCCCCUAACCAGUUCCGACGAUGGUCAGUGGUCCGAAGGUCUAAUUUCUGCCGCAAGAAUGGUCGCAGCUGCAACUCACAGCCUCGUUGAAUCUGCAAACGCUCUGGUACAAGGCGUUAGCUCCGAAGAAAAACUAAUUUCCAGCGCGAAACAGGUAGCCAGCAGUACGGCACAAUUAUUGGUCGCUUGCAAAGUAAAAGCUGAUCCAGAUAGCGAGAGCACGAAACGUCUGCAAGCAGCUGGAAAUGCUGUGAAACGCGCCACCGACAAUUUAGUACGAGCAGCCCAACAGGCUAUUCAGCAAGAAGAAGACAGAUCUUUGAUCCUAAACCGUAGAAUGGUUGGAGGUAUCGCUCAGGAGAUAAACGCCAGAUCAGAGGUCCUUCGCAUCGAGAGGGAACUGGAAGAAGCUAGAGGAAGACUCACUGCCAUUCGACAAGCCAAGUAUAAAAAUCGUCCAGAUUUAGCUGACACCGAUACUGAUGCCGAACAGAGUGGCUACGAGAGCACGACCAGAUACGAGACCAGAGCUUAUGAAACUCACAAUCAGUCACAGAUGAAUUACAGUACGUAUCAACAGCAUUCUACAACGCACAAUAUUGGCCAACUCAGUUCCGACAGACAAACUCUGGUUAGCCCGGAAAAGGUUUAUUCAACGCAGAGCACGUUAGAAAGGAAAAUGAAAGAGAGUCAGUAUCGGUCUACAAUGGAAAGUCAGUAUGGGUCGGUGGAGAAAAAGUAUAACGAAAGCCAAUACGAUAGACGGUAUGUUUCAGACAGUCCAUACCUUGUUACCGAAAAGAAGGUGACUAUGGAAAGUUCAUCCGGUCAGUACAGUUCUAUCGAAAGGAAGAUCAAUAAGGAAAGUUAUAAUACCGAGGCAACCAUGUUGUAAUGAUCGCAACAUCUUUUGCAAGUCAAUUCAUGAACAACAAUGUUUAGUAUAAUGAUAAGACAACGAAAAACCCAAUAACGAUCGUUUACACAAUAUCAGCACGUGCUCAGUUGAGAAUAAAUUAAGGACUGCCUUCUAGGACGAAAAUGACAAUCUUCAAAAAAAAAAAAAAAAAAAUAGGGAAGAAUAGGAAGGAAAGAAAGAGUUGAUAUAGGAAGCGAAAAUAUGAAUACGUGAUAUGGAAGAAGAAUAACUGGCGAAGAAGUAAAAAUUCAUGAGGGCCUGAUGAUCAAAUAAGAAGUAAGGAUCUUGAAAUUUACAAUUUAAGUUCAUAAAUUUGGAAUAUAUUCAAGAAAAAGGGGGAGAGGGGUGAGAGUUUAUGUUCAAAUAACAAAAAACACGCGCGUAUUGAAAAUUUUACAAUUCUUCUCGAGAUAUUGACAAGCUUACUUGUUUUAGUUUUUAUUUUUAAAAGCAAUCGUGAUAAAAUCUUUGUAUGAUAAUCUUUGCGAUGAGAAACGGUAGAAAAGUGCCCUUAGAUAGAAUUAACUGUGUGCUUUCGAAAUUAGCCUUUAUAAGAAUGACUAUUGAUUGGAAUAUAACCGUCCACCUUUUCCACGAACUUAUUUCUGUCGAUCUAAUACGAACGAUGCCACAAAAAAUUGCACGUGAUAUAUUUCCACCAUUUUGCAUCGACGAUUCUUAAUAUUUUGAUAACAUAUUCGUUUUCGAUCUUUUGAGACAUCUUUUUGAAAAUAUAUUCGAAAGAUUUAUAAGAAUAUUUGUAUUUAUAAUUGAAGGAGAAUUUGGCGGGGAAUCUACAUUCUCCGAAAUAUGUAUUCGUAUUUAAUAUAUAUAAAAAAUUGGAUAAUUAUACGAAAUCCAGCGAGAAAGAAAGAUGUUUGUUCAAACCGAUGUUUCUUUCUUCUAUUCUUUGAUUUUAUUGACAAGCGAUUAAUAGCCAUCGCAUACCUGAUUUAAUUUAGAUCUAAUUUAUCAUAAUAGUUUAAGUUUAAGACCACGGAUUAACAAGAGAAGCAACAUAUCAUUUAAUUUUAUUAACUUUCUGACACCAUGUGGCCUGAUCCUAUGGUGUCUCCGUCUCUUUAUCCUUAAUAUUUCCCGUUCUUCUUAAUAUUUUUCUUAACAUUAUCGUUGUAAGUGCGUCUCUUUUCGUUCUGGAAUCUAAUCGUUGCUUAAACUUACGUUUCUUCUGUAUCGCGCGCUCUUUACCAUUCGCUCGCGGUGGCUUGUUUUCAAUAAUUUCGCUCGUUAGACUUUUCGAGUCAGGACUGUCCAACUGAAUUCAGAGGUUUUGAACGAGAUCUUGAACACAUAAUACGAAAUCUUAUUGUACGUGAGUAGUACAUAGACUGAUCCUGUUCAUUGACAUCAAGAUUGAAUAGCGAAAGAUUCAUGGAGAGGUAGAUCCAAGUAGUACGCUGAACAUGCAACAAUUGUAUCAUAAUAAAAAUUGAAUUGAAUAUUUUGUCAUGGAACGUUCUGGAGUAGGCAAUUUAUUUUUAUUACUGCAAAUAUCGAGCUUUUCGAAUAGAAGAAGUAUAUAUUAACUCGUAAGUUAAUUUAAAAUGCAACAUUUAAAGGGGUUCAUCGAAGUUGCAAGAUUGUAAAUAUUCUAAUGAAAUUUGUAUAGAAAUGUCAACAACGUUAUAUAAAAGCAAAGUGCUAAUAAGAAUUGCAAAUAAAAUGAAUCUAAAUCUUUAAUCCUUGAUAAGAAACUAGGAACAAGAUCUUUGGUUUCCUUACAAUGAUACGAAUUAUUGUAAUUAUUUUUUUCUGACAUAAAAGUCAUAGCGAAGUAAUCUAUCGAGUAUGAUUAUUUCAAUAUUGAGAUAUAGUAAAUGAUUGCAAAGUAUUUAUUUCAAUCGUGGAUUUGUAUAAAAAAAGAUCAAGUUUUACAUGUAAGAAUUCGAUAAUUUUAUAUAUUUUUACAAAUUUGUCAUAAUUUUAUCUACGAAUUUUAUAUGACACGUAAAUUCUCAACUAGUGUAACCUUAUUUGUUCUAAACAUGAAUUUCUUUUGCAUUAGCUCUUAAUAAUAAUUUCUUGCUUAAUGCUCUUUAUUGAGACUCUUUAUUAUAGAAAUAAGAUUGCAGUCUAAAACUAAAGAAAAAUUUUCACACGAAGAAUGUAAUUAAGAAGAGUAGACACGAUAAAAAGGGAAGUGCUUAAAAACAUGAUAUUAUACUUUGAAAAGAAUUAUCUCAAACAAGGUGUUGAAGCGUGAAAAUGCUCCUAGAAAAUUUUGAUUGGAAGGUCGAUGGUUGGACAGACCUGUUCCAAGUGAUAGAUUAGUGCAAUUAUCAUUAGUCUUUCGAAGGUCAAGGAAGAAUUUGUAAAUACAUAGAUGUUAAAUAUUUCGCGUAACAAUUCAGUGUCUUGACAAUGAGUCGAUAAAUGGGUGAAAAAAAGUGCCUGAGUCUAAUGAGCUACCGCUUUUUUCACAUGCUCGUAGCAAACUCGUAGGAUUCUCGAAUAUUACCAAAAAAAAAGAAGAAAAAAAACUGAUGCUUUACUAAUGUUCGAUAGUAUAAUCAUAAAACGAAAAAAA